GUUGAAACACUGAAAAGCACGCACGCCAAACAAAAGCCAAAGAUCCAACCGCUAUAAAAACUGCCACAUUUGGCGUUCGAUCCAAGUUCAGAUCACUAUUAAAACCGCCAAAUUUGGCCCUUCUAAAGCUGUCAAAUUUGGCGGUUUCUCCAAGAGUAUUGAAGUAACCUGGGUUAGAUAGCCCAACAUGCCAGCUACCCGAGUUUGAAAAUAAUAAUAUCGAGGCUUACAUGAAGUAGUUAUUUGUUUCAGAAAUUUUCUGAAUAAAAAUAAGGUAAGCCUAACAUGAAGAAUUUCAGAAUUACAAAAAAGCUAUAUACGUGGAAGAGGGUUCACGUAAAUACAAACAAAUGUAAUGUUCACUAAAGCACAAUAAAAUAAGCAGAAUCCUGGAGAAUAUUAUUUUUCUAGUACACAUGGUCGAAGGAGCGGAACAAGCUGGAAAAGCCAGUGAAAUGUACGAGAAAAUUGCUGCUUGUUUGAGUAAUUGGAGAGUGAUAUAAGAUUUUUUUUUAAUGGACAGCUGGACUAGAGGGAUUUGUAUGGUGUAAUGUUAAUGCAACAUUUAACUUUUAUUGGUGGUAGAAGAUGGUCAACAUGUAAUGAUGCAAUUUGUCAUAGAUUGAGGAUUUGCAAAUGGCUCUUGGUGUUACCCCGUUUUCAUAAUGAAGACAUUGAUGAAGACGGACCUAUCGUUUCUUAGUCCUUGAUCAUUCCUAUUCUGAGAGAAAUUAUCAAAAAAUUCAACGUUUACUUAAAAGUUAUUUUGGUCUGGUGUACUGUGGCUUUCUCUGCUGACGUGUGAAGAGGAACUUGGUAAAAAUUUAUACACAAUCUGUCCAAGUUUUGCAUGCUUCACUUUUAACUUGGCUUAAACUCAGCAGCGCAGAAUUUUUCAGAAUUUCUAAAGAGGAAGUGUAUUAAGGGAUUGCCUGUGUUGGGCAUCUUUUGAUAUAUUAAUGGAGAGCUCAAGUCCUCAUACUGGGGUCACCAUGUUGAAGCAAACUUCCCGUCGGCUGACAUCAAGCAUUCAACUCCAAGAUUUGUGGUCUGCUAUUAGAGAUGGAUCAAUCACUGACCUAGAGCCUGCAUUGCUGGCACUAAAGAAAAAUGGUGGAAACAUUGAUAUAAGAAAUACAUUUGGGUCUACUGCCCUUCACAUUGCAGUUUGGAGGAAUCAUGUGCCAAUAGUUAGGAGAUUGCUUGCUGCUGGGGCUGAUCCAGAUGCAAGGGAUGGGGAAUCGGGAUGGAGUAGCUUGCAUAGGGCUCUCCAUUUUGGACAUCUUGCAGUGGCUGGAGUACUGAUUGAAGCAGGUGCUUCUCUUACAUUGGAGGAUUCAAAAGGAAGGACUCCCGUGGAUCUGCUUUCUGGUCCAGUGCAGCAGGUCUUUGAAACGAACAAUGAAGGGGCCACUGAGUUUUAUAGCUGGGGAAAUGGUGCCAAUUAUCAGCUUGGAACUGGAAAUUCUCGCAUUCAGAAGUUUCCAUGCAAGGUGGAAGCUUUUCAAGGCCUAUUUGUCAAAGCGAUUGCUGCUGCAAAGUUCCAUAGUGUGGCCGUGACUGCAUUGGGAGAAUUGUACACCUGGGGCUAUGGGAGGGGUGGUCGACUAGGCCACCCUGAUUUUGAUAUUCACAGUGGUCAAGCUGCAGUAAUUACGCCACGCCAACUGAUUUUUGGGCUUGGACAACGCCGUGUUAAAGUAAUUGCUGCAGCAAAACAUCAUACUAUCGUUGCCACCCAGGGAGGGGAAGUGUUUACUUGGGGAUCUAACAGAGAGGGUCAGCUGGGGUAUACUGCAGUUGAUACACAACCAACACCUCGCCGUGUUAGUUUUCUCAAGACAAGAGUCAUUGCAGUUGCAGCAGCAAAUAAGCAUAGUGCAGCAGUAACCGAGCCUGGAGAAAUAUAUACUUGGGGGUGUAACAGAGAAGCUCAACUUGGUUAUGGCACUUCCAAUUCUGCAUCAAAUUAUGUUCCCCGUGCUGUCGAGGCUCUAAAAGGAAAAUGUUUUAUGGCAGUUUCUGCAGCAAAGUAUCAUACAGUGGCCCUGGGAUCUGAUGGAGAGGUUUUCACAUGGGGCUACAAAAUGGUGACUCCACGGCGUGUAACAAUAUCUAGGAACAUAAAAAAGAGUGGAAACAUCCCUUUGAAGUUUCAUCGUAUGGAGCGGCUUCAUGUGACUGCAAUAGCUGCGGGUAUGACUCACAGCACAGCUCUCUCAGAUGAUGGAUCCUUAUUUUACUGGGUUUCAUCUGAUCUAAAUCUACGUUGUCAACAGCUUUACUCCAUGACUACCAGCAAUGUAGUGUCUGUUUCAUCUGGUAAGUACUGGACAACAAUUGUUACUUCAACAGGUGAUGUUUAUGCAUGGGAUGGAAAGGAGGACAAAGAGGGAUUUCCUAUGCCCCAGCGUGUCCAUGGUAUUAAGCGUGCCAUUUCAGCUUCUGUUGGUGAAAAUCAUUUUUUAGCCGUUUCUGCUGUAUAUAUUCCCGAGUAUCCCCCUAAAUGUAUCAGGGAUAUUCAAAUGCCUCGAAAAGAACAGUAUGAAGAAACAGAUGAUAUUGAAGAUGAUAAUAUGACCAGUGAUUAUCAAAAUGAUAUUAAAGACACGGGAUUAGAGAAUGAGAUGCAUGAAAAAUGUGUUCCAAGUUUGAAGGAUCUGUGCCAGAAGGUGGCAGCAGAGUAUCUGCUAGAGCCUAGAACUUCUUUACAAUUGUUAGAUGUUGCAGAUACACUGGGAGCUGAGGAGUUGAGAAUGCAUUCUGAGGAUUUGGUGCUUCGGAAUUUGGAUUACAUCCUCACAAUAUCUCCAGCAGCCUUGGCUAAUGUAAGUACAGAGUUGCUAUCUAAACUAGAAAAUUCUUUGGACUCCAAGUCUUCUGAACCUUGGAGUUACCGUUGCCUUCCAACUCCAACAGCAACAUUUCCAGCUGUUAUUGACAGUGAGGAAGAUGAUAAAAUUGAAUUUUCUAGGUUACGUAACAUUGCUUCUCCAGAUACUACUGAUCUGGCAAUAGGUGAGAGAAGAUCUGGUGAGGGCUUUUUACAGCGGAGUAGUGCAUCUAAUAUAGCCUUGGCAAAACAGACGAGAGCAAUAAGAAAGAAACUUCAGCAGAUAGAGAUGCUUGAGAUGAAACAGAGAAAUGAUCAUUCUCUUGAUCACCAGCAACUAGCAAAACUGCAGACUAAACCUUCACUUGAAAAUGCUCUUCACAGCCUUGAAUCUGGAAUAGCAAUUGGACAUGAUGAAGAAACAAAGUUAGCAUCAAUAAAAGCCAAUUCAUUGGAGGAUAAGUCCAUAGUGAGAAAUGGAUUGGGAAGCCAUCGGCACAAGGGCAAGAAAAAAAACAACAAAUUUCAGCAGGUACAGAUUGAACAUUUGCCUGAGACUUCAAAGGGUGAUAUGCUGAAUAAAGCUGGUCUCAAGGAAAAACAAGAUGAAUUACACUCCAAGAAAGGUUUUAACAAUGAUCAUAGUGGUUUUUAUAAUAAAGAAGAGGAGCAUAUAACAAUUGGAGUUUCAAACAUUUCAUCUUCUAUUCAGAAAGCAAACCAGGUAGCCUCCAGCAGUCAUGGUUCAGACAAUAAAGAAAGAGUAGAAACAUUCCUUGUCCAUGAUUCUGAGCUAAAGGUGACACCAAAGAGUAACCAAUUUUUACAGAAGUCCUCAAAAAAGAGGUCAAAGAAAGGUGGUUUGUCUGUUUUUCUUAGUGGAGCUUUGGAUGAAGCACCAAAAGUUCCUGAGGCGGCACUCGUUCCACCCAAGGUAGAGGGUCCAGCAUGGGGUGGAGCAAAGAUAAUUAAGGAUCCCAUGUCUCUUCUUGAAAUUCAGAAUCAACAAAUAGUUGAAACAAAUAUACCGUCAACAUCAGAACAUAAUAAGAGUUCUUCAAAAUGUUUAUCAAAAGAUAAACAUUCAGAUUGCAAAGUAAUGAGGAGAUCUAGAGGCUUAGCUGAAGCAUAUGAAAUGGAUGUAGAUGAGAUUGAAACAAAUCACAUCCAUAUUCCAACAAAUAAACUAAUCCGACCAUCAGCUCCAAUAGCUGUUAACCAAGGGAAGGGAACAGGUGCUUCGGAUACGGAAAAAAGCACUCCACCUUGGGCAGGCACCUCUCCUUUAAUGUCAAGGUCUUCAUUGAGGGAGAUUCAAAUGCAACAGGUAAAACAUCAGAGUCCAAAAUCCAAGAAUCUGAGUGUGGCAGGAGGCUCUGGUUUCACAAUAGAUCGAAGUCAAAACACUGUUACAGAUAGUCCCAACCGCUGGUUUAAACCAGAAGUCAGUAGCCCCUCAUCAAUUCGCAACAUCCAAAUAGAAGAAAAGGCUAUGAAAGAAUUGAGACGUUUUUACAAAAAUGUGAAGCUAGUAAAGGAAAUCCCAUAAUAUUCAGUUCAGAGGAUGGGAUAUACUGUUGUUCUCGGUGCUAGUGUCUAGCCUAAUGUAAUUCUAUUGCCAUCAUCUCAAAAAGAAUGUACACAUUGUAUCGUUGUACAGAUGGCCAUGUGAAUAAAAACUAUUGGGUUCAAUUCUCAAUGUCUCCACGCUGCAUUGCUUUGAAAAUGCUUUUCUGUAACCACAACUAUUCUGGAAUUCUAACGAUAGCAGAUGGAGUAAAUGAAUUUAGUUUUUCUGA